ACAAUACCGAAAUAAAAGGCUACGCUAUGUCUGACUUCAUUAAUCUUACUAUAUUUGUAAACAUUUUGGAAGCCUUGCUGGUAAUUUCUGUUCUAAGUAGGUAGUACUAUACUGAGAAAGUGACAAACUGCGAUACGACGUCAAUAUAUUUAAAAAAUGUUUUCUACAAACAUUUAUAUAAUUUUGUUAUCAACUCACAGCGUCAUUUGCGACUAGGUCUCCGAAUGGAUGUCUCAUGUUCAAGAACAAUUCAAUGACAACCCGGCAGGAAAAAAUAAUGAAUUUGAUCUAGAAGUUCUGAACAAUGAGAAUUUACGAAUGAUACCGGUUCAAGAUUUCACAGAGCAAUAUUUAAACCAAAUUAUGAAAAACGACAUUCUGUACAGAUCAAAAAGCCAAAUUAGCACGACCUAUUUAAAAAUGAAAUUAGAAGACACAUUACAAAACGCUAAAAUUUUAGCUGAUACAUUAAAAUUACAAAUUAAUGCAUUAACGGCUAGAGAAAAAGUGCUCAAGGAGGCUAUCGUUAACGGCAGGUCAGGAGUCACAUCAGUAACAGUGUCCACAUUAGGCCGAGUAUUUCGUACAUACAUCAUUAGAGAUGGUUAUUGGGCACUUUGUAAUGGUAUUAUUCAACCCCCUGUCAAUCCAGAAUCUACAAAUACAAAUACUUUCAAUGAGAUUUAUUCUGCCCCGAGAUGCAUUGGACAAGAAGUACCAACGAGGCCAGAUCCGUGCGUGUUCCAUUCUAUCAUUAAAUACGAAACUGUUCCCCAACGCCGAAGACUGGAAUAUUAUGAAGAAGACUAUUUAUGUCUUAAGCCAAGUUUUAAUAACACUAUGGAGCGAUACCUUAGUGUACCGAAACAGAUUGUAAACGCCACUUGUAGAAACGGAAUUAUAAGAUCGCUUGCAGACAACACAAAAGAAUGCGGUUUACGUGUUAUGGCGGAGUACACUUAUUACCCCCAGAGAAGUUACUAUACGGAAUCUCUACUACCAUUGGAAUAUUGUACUGAGAAAAAUCUAUCCUGUGUAUUGAUAACAGCAUGGCACGUCUCUAAUUCGACGAUAGAGAAUUUCGAAUUCUUAAAAAAUGACCAAAACUUUAAAAGGUAUUUCAUAAAAUCUGGAAGUUACAUAGAUCAAGUUAUAUAAGAAAGGAGCAUACUCAAUAUGAGCUCACAGCUGUUACAUUUACUAAAAAUAAAAAUUAUAAUAAAACUACGUCGAUUAUUUUUUUAUUCUUUAUCAAAAUUAAGGCUUAGAUAAAAUUUUUAGUUUGUAGCUUAAAACAAUUUGUUUACGCUGUCUAAUUGAGCCGUCCCCUAAUGUCCGAGAAAAGGGAUUGUUAAAUCCCAUUUAUUUAUUUUAAUACAUUAGUAAUGUAUUAAAAUAAUGUGUUCUUAGACUCCAUUACUAACGUAAUGGAGUCUAAGAACACAUUAUUAGCAAUGAUGAUCUUAAAUUAUAUAGAUCCCUAUCAGUACCAAAGGACUCUGUUCUUUUACAGCAAGAUCUUCAAUCAAACUGUCGUAGGUACAACAGGUUUCCCUACAUAUUGUUGGUAUAUAUUAUAUAAAAAAUAAAUGGCUGAAGCAGUUGUAUUUGCAUGGCUGUGUUUGAGGGGCAGGAUAUGAUAGUGAAUUUACAGGGUACAGAGGUAUAAUACCCUAG